AUGGAUGCAACUAGUCAUAGAAGCAAUUUAAAUUCAGCAAAUAAACAGUCUUCUCCCCUCUCUCUCAUUCCAGGAAAGGUAUUUCUAACAGAGGCUAAACAAGAAAUUGCAAUACCGGUAGAAUUUAUAUAGCAAGGGCUUGAUGAAAAUCCUAUAUUUGAAGAAAUGUUUGUUAGCUCCUCCUUCAAAAAUAAUUGUUCAUUCAUUAAGGGGGCUAUUUUUUUAAAGUAUUUAUUGCAAAUUUUCUUUGUUUAAUUUGUAAAAAAUCCAUUUUAGAAAAAAUUGGAAGGCAAAAAUUAUUGAAUAAAUAAAAUUUAUGCUUUUAUAAAAAUUAACAAUUUUUUUCAUAAAAAAUUGAAUAUAUAGAGAUUUUCCAAUGUUUUGCUCGUUCAGAGGGUAAGCAAAUGAACUCAGAAGAUAUAAUUACACACACCGGUCUUCAAAAGUACGAAGAAUCAGUAGAUAAAAGGACUUGGAAAGACAACUAUUCAAAGCAAAAUGCUGAACUUGAAAAAUUAAAAGCAUUAGAACGUCAAAGAAAACUCAAUGAAAGAUAUGAUCAAGAAAUGAAACGACAAGAAGAGUAUCGUGCAAAACAAGAAGCUUUUUACAAAAGAAAAUACUUGCAGUCCUAUAAGAAAAUUAAAUUUGAAGCAAAUGAUCCAAGAUAUGUAACAUCUCCUUUUAAGCCUGGGUUUUAUUUUUAUGAAGCCCUUCUGACUAACCCCAAAUUCCCUUGUUCUUUGCUUCAUAUCAACAUUCCUCCAACUUUUUAUAUAGCAGACUCUCUAACUUAUUGGAUUUAUACUGACGAAGGAACAGGCAAAGCCAAAAUAAUUCAAGAUUAUAAUAAGUUUCAGGUCAAUGCUGAUUUAAAAGGAAACAUAGAUGAUCCUUUAGCAAUCAUAGCUGUCUUCAGACAUCCAAUCAGUACUACUGAAAUGGAAGCUAACCCUCUGAAUUCUAUUGAAUUCUCUGACAAGAUACUAAAAGGCACCUUAUUAAGCGGAACAAUGGUUCAAAAAUAUCUAAAAAGCUAUAGUGAUCGACCUAGUCUAAUUAGACUUUUUUUCAAUAGCAAAAACAAAGACAAUAAAGCUUCCUGUGCAUACUACAUUACAAGCAGCAAUCGAGCUAUGGAAAAAUAUUCUCAAACAAAGAUACUUGUGUGCUGCGAAAUAGUUGACGGCAUUGAUGUAUACCCAAUACAUGGAGAAGCUAUUUUAGAUCUAGAAAAAAAUGCGAAACAAAUUGUGGAAUUUUUACAGAAUGCGUAUGCAGUCAGAAUUACUGAAAUUGUACUUGAUUUUAUAAAAGAUAAAGAUGGGAAAUGCUGAUUUAUUGGCUGUAAAGGAUUCAAUUUAGACGAAAAUGCGCUAAAAUCUAGGGAAAUAAGAAUUGAAAACGAAAAAUUGAAAUCUCCUGCUGCUAUUCGAGACGAAGUAGAAGAAAUGAGAGAACAAAGACUGAGUUCAAUGCACUGUAAAUUGUGCCUGCUUCCUUUCAAACUGCUUGAGCUCGAACAUGUUUUGCCUUAUAAAAUGCUUUUGCUUUUUAAAAGACACACAAGAAAAUCAGGCAGGAAGUCUUUGAAACUUUCCCACAUAAGACCUCUUGCUGUUGAUUUUUUAAGCCAUUGAGUCAGAGUCUGCAAUAUGUGCCACUUGCUAGUUCUCCAGGAAUAUGAGCUAAUGGAAAUCGAAACAAAAUUGGCAAAAAAGCUAACUCCCCCCCCCCUCCGUGAGCGAACAAAACCAUUAGAAAAAUCGCCAUUUUUUGACCAAAAACCCACCCUCCGUGAGUGAACAAAAAUUUUUUUAAUAGAAAAAAUUUUAAUGGAAAAAAAUUUUGAUAUAUAAGUGAUAAUUAGUAUAAUGAAAUCUAGAGCUAAUUCUGUUUAAUUUUAAACAAAUUGCGUUUUAAAACAUAAAUUUUGCAAAUUAAAUUAAUAUUUGCUUCCCAAUUUUUGCAAAUUAGGAUUUUUUUAAAUUUCGAAAAAAAUAAUUUUUUAUAAAAUUUAUAUAUAAAUUUUUUUUAAAAAAAAAAAUUAACCCCCCCUCCGUGAGCGAACAAAAUUUUUUUGUUCGCUCACGGAGGGGGGGGGGGGAGUAAAUAUUUCUAUUAAACCUGAAGAUUUGACCAGGAAACUUGUGUAUGAGCAUCCGCCAUUUCUUCCUUCAUCAGCAAUGCAAUGGCGAGUUUUGAUAUAUUUAAAAAACAUUGAAUAUUCAAACUUCAAAGGCUGAAAAAAUCGCAAUCUAUACCUCCAUUUCAAUAUAUUUGAGCAGUCUCACGUCAUAAAAUUAUCGCAUAAACUCCGCAAACCUAAUAAAUUGAGGAUGAGAAGGACUAGACUAUUUUAUUUUUUUACACAAGAUGUAGCCCAUGCCAAAGCACUAAGCAGCUCAGAAGUAAUGAAUAUAAUGAUAACAGAAAAUAAGACUAAGAUAGUUUCAACUGGCGAUUCUUCUCCUCUGAAGCUGUUUUCCUGUGAAAUGGAAGAAAAAGACUCAAUUACCCAGCUAUGAGAAGUUCCUUUAUUUGCUCAUCAAGCCCAUUUUAUGACCUUAAAGUUUGUGUUUGGCUUAGCAAAAGAUCAUACAGUUAACCCUAGGAGACUUCCAGUCAAUAUUACCAAAUAUAAAUCAAUUUAUAUGCCAGACGACACUUAUUUCAGCUCAGAGCCUUUACCUAUUGGAUGAAUGGAGCUUUUUAACACGAAGUAUAAAGAAGAUAUAACAUCUCCCCUUUUAAGCUCUUCAGAAGAAUUAGAAGACGUAUAUUCACCAGAAUUAAACGAAGAUCUAAUAUACAGCUCACCGUUAACUUCAGGAAAAAUAUUACAUAUUGAUAUAAAUUUAGAUCCGAGAAAAACCAAAAAUAAUAAUUACAGUAUCGAAAGCUUUGAAAAAAGGAAUUUUCCUUCUAAUAAAAAUUCUGGACUUUCAACGACAAAAAGUAAAACAACUAUAAAAAGUAAGAAAAGAUUGUUUAGACGUGCAAAAUUGCAAUCAAAUUCCGCUUCAAAUAGCAUUAUUUCCUCAGUUAGGCUUUUAAAAGAAAGUGCCAAAACAGUUUCAUCGCAAGCAUAUGCAUCAAAUAAAGGAUCUGUUGCAAGUCAAGAGUCUACAAAUUGUUUACAGAGUCAAAAUGCUUCAAUAGAUGAAUUUUUAGGACUUAAGCAAGAAUUUUCGGAUCCAAACAGCCAAAUUGAAAAUUUGUUAAGCACAGUUUCUUCGUAUUUAACAAAAAGAGGAUAUGAAAAAAGAAGGACAAUAUUUUUGUCUCCUCAGUGCUCGCCAACUCACAAAUGAGAAGAAGUUGAAAAAGAAGAAAACAAAAUCAAGAGGAAAACUAAAAGGAAAGCUAUAAAAGCUAGAUCUCAGAAGCUGCUAAGUGGAAGAAUAGCAAUCAGACGAGCUAGCUGCUAG